CCCCAUACUUUCAAAAGUUGUCCGUUAAUGACAUUGAUGAAUUAAAUAUUGAAAUUAUUCGUAACACGCUUUAUAAAGCGUAUCUUGAAGAUUUUUAUGAUUAUUGCAAGAGAAGUGGUGGUGUGACAGGAGAAUUAAUGUGCGAAAUUUUGGAGUUUGAAGCUGAUCGCCGCACUAUCAAUAUCACAAUAAAUUCUUUCGAUACUGAAUUGUCGAGAGAUGAUCGUGCAAAAUUGUUCCCAAGUCUUGGUAAAUUAUAUCCAGAUGGACAUGCAAAACUUGCAAGGGCAGAUAACAGUGAACAUGUUAAGGCAAUUGUUGAGGAAUAUCGACCUUUUUUUGACACAACCCUAAAUUCUUUUGGUGGAACUGCCACAAACGAAGCCAAGUCCUUAGAUGACCAUUUCUUUGAGCAUGAAGUUCAUCUUAACAAACUUACUUUCCAGCAACAGUUUCAUUAUGCAAUUUUUUACUCGUUUUUAAAAUUAAAAGAACAAGAAAUCAGAAACAUAUUGUGGAUUGCUGAAUACUUCAACUGUAUAAUCAUGUCCAAUAUAUAUUCUCAACUUCCAAAAUAUGUUAUUAAUUCACCAGAGGCAAAGAAGGAACGACAACCACCAGUAUCUGAAACUACAAAAAAAUUUGUACCAAAUUUUGUGAUGGGAGCUUUGGAGGAAACGGUCGAAGACUCGGCUAAAGUUUAUGAUUCAAAAUUAAAAGAUAAAGUUUUAUUACUCGAUAAUCCUUUGAGAACUUCUAAUGAAAAGAAAAAAAGAAGGCGUUCGAAAAGAAAGAUAAAAUCCAUGAGCGCAAAAGAGAAAAGAGAAACAAAAAUAUAUGAAAUUCCAAAAGAAUGCCACAGAUAUGAGCUUUUUACCCCCCUGAACGAACUUUGGCUUCAAUAUAUUGAUGAGUUAUACGGAACCUCGAGUCCUACCAUUUUUGCUCAAAAGUUAUUGAAAGCAGAUUUUCAUGGCGCAAUUUUAACAGUAUCCAGAUCAAGAUGUGCCUCUUAUAUUGGAGUGACAGGAAUCAACAUUCAUGAAACAGAAAAUGUGUUCAAAUUGAUCACAAAGGAUAAUGUUCUUAAAGUUAUUCCUAAAGGUCACAGUGUAUUUACAUUUCUAUUACGAGACCAUAUGUUUACUUUAUACGGAAAUCAAUUUAGAUUUAGGUCUGCCGUUAGAGCGGCAAAAAAAUUUAAAAACAAACCUACUAUUGAUUUAUAA